AGUAGACUGCUAGACGGUGGGAUACAGAUAUACAUAUUCACACACCAAUGAUUGGAGGAUUUCUGUUGUUUUGUGUUUAUCGUUGAAAUCUUCUGUCUCGUUGUUCGCUUAAUCGCUUCCGUUUCAUGCAUAGUUUCAUAUUCUUAGAUUAAGUAAUUGUAUUUGUCGCAUAGUGCAAAAGAGUAACUUGAAAUGAGUAGUGGUUUCAUUUCCGAAAGUAAGCUCGAAGAAAAAAGAAGGCUAAGGCAAGAAGAGUGGGAAAAGGUUAGAAAACCCGAAGAUCCACGUGAGGCCCCUGAAGAAGAAUAUGAUUCAAGAUCCUUAUAUGAUAGGCUUAAAGAGCAGAAGGAUAAAAAACAAGCUGACUGGGAUGAAGCACAUAAACUAAAGAACUUGGUUCGAGGCUUAGAUGAUGAUGAAGCAGGUUUCUUGGACUUUGUUGAUAAGACAAAAUUAGCAGAAGAAUCAAGAAUUCUUCAAGAGGAAAGAGAUGAGUUGGAGGAAUAUAGGAAAGCUGUUGCUAAAGAAAAUGAAGAAAGACUAAGAACUGGAAUGAAAUCAAAUUCAGUGACUGUGAUACCAACAAGAUCUGGACACUCUGUAUUGCCAUCCAUUGGUGUAUCAAAAGAAAGCCAAAAAAGUAAAUUAAAUGCUUGUGUGGUGAAGAGGAAAAAUGUGACAAGUACUCCUGAAGCAGACAUUUCAAAAAAGCAAAAAACAGAUACUUCAGUUGAUGUUGAAAUAUUGCCUAGCAAUAAUUUGAAAUGUAUUGCAAUACUUCCUGGGAUUGGAUAUUACGAAGAGUCAAGUGACAGCGAUUCGAGCGUUGGAUCUACUAAAGCUGAUGAAAAUAAUCAACAAUUUGAUUUAUGUGGAAGACCUAUUAGUUAGAUUAUUAUUAUCCAAUACAUGAAAACACAAACAUU